CGGUCAUUGAUAUUAUAUUAUACGACCACGCCGCAACGACGAAAGGAUAAUACCUAUUUAUAUUAUCCACGUUGCGAGGUGAUAUCGCAGGGCAGCGCCGGACACGCAAAGGAGCGGCACACAUGACCAUCGGUGUUAUCGAUUUCAUCGUAAGACGUUUUAGAAAACUUAAUAAUGGGAGGGCAAAUGUUCCUGUUAAUAGCCAGCAUAGUGCUAAUCGCCCAACAAACUCAACACACAACAGCAAAAAGGUUACCCAACUUCGUGCACGUGUGUAAAAGAAGUGAUCCUCAGAUAGAAAAAUGUUUGCUGCAAACUAUCGAAUCCCUGAGACCCGAGUUACCUAAUGGAAUACCCAAAAUGCAAAUCCCGGCUUUGGAACCAAUGGUCAUACCCAUGUUGGUAGUAAAUAGAAAUGAGGAUGCUCUUAAAGUUAAAGCUACUAUUAAAGAUGUACAAGCAUGGGGUGGAUCUAAAUUUGUGAUCAAUAAUCUCAAGAUAAAUUUUGAAAAGUUAAACGGCGAAGGAACUGUUCUUCUCCCGAAUCUAUUUGUUAACUGUACGUACGACAUUGAUGGUCGUCUAAUGGUUGUUCCACUCCAAGGCCAAGGAAUAUUUAGAGGGAACAUAACUAACACAAAAGCUGAUGUCAAAGCGAGUCUUGAAGUAUUAAAAGACAAAAAAAAUCGUGAAUACUUCCAAGUAAAGGAUAUUCGAAUCAAACUCAAAGUUGGAGAUGCUAAUGGAAAAAUAAUACCACAAAACAUCAACAAAAAUAACGAUGUCUUAACGGAAACUGCAUCAACGUUUUACCACCAAAACCGUCGAGUUGUUUUGGAUAUCAUCACUCCAAUUGCAGAAGAAAUUGCUGUCGAAUUUUCACUGCAAAUUGCCAAUACUAUAUUAAAAACUAUACUUUAUGAUGAAAUUCUACCCAAAGAACUGCCUUGAUAAACUACAUGUAUUAUGUAACGUUUAUUUUUUAGAUUUAAUAUUUUUCGUAAUUUAUGUUUAAAAAAAAUCAAUUAUUAAUGAUUUUCAUAUAUUUCAGUGUACCAUACUCAUAAAUCAUCUAUCAUUAAAUACACAACCUAUGAUCACAAUCAUUUGUAAACUAUUUUAUAUUAUAACUUGUUUUUUUUAAGUUAGAAAAUAUCAUGUAUAGGUUUAAGUAUAAUAAUACUGAAUACUUAUUAGUAAUUUAAAUACCUAUUUCACCAAUUUAUAAAAUUAUGAUAGUAUGAUAUCAAAUUGUGUAUUGAUAAAAUAAUUUUAAACAGUCAACUAGGUGUCAAGUCUUAUAAUAUGAUUCAUUACAGAUUUAUCCUGAAUGUAUUGAAAUGUAAAAUGUAUGAAAGAUGAUUGUGAGUCGGGAAAAAUAAUAAAAUAUAUAUUAUUAUAAGUUA